AUGGCCAGCCCCAGCAAGCGUCAGAAGGUGGAUGCGGACACGGACGCUCGAGGCCGCAGCUUAGUGACCCUCCAAACCUCGGCGUCUAGCCUCUCGCUGGAUCCUGCAGGGGGCUCCAUAGCAAGCUUCCGCUUGGCUUCGUCGACGAACCCGCUUUGCUGGGACUCUGCGGUGCACGACCAGAAGGAUCCUUCAGAUUCUGCUCCGCGGCCCCUGGGUCACUUCCUGUGUCUGGAUCGAUGGGGCCCGCCCUCCGAAACCGAGCUUGCCAACGGCAUGCCCUACCACGGCGAAGCCUCAACAGCCCGCUGGGAUGUGCAGCCGGAGGGGCCGGAUGGUGAGGGCCUUCGCCUCUCGGCCAAGCUGCCUCUCGCCGGCCUCUCUGCAAAGCGGCGCGCGCGGCUCCUCGAAGUGACGGGUGCACUUGCCGACAAGGCAGCAGUGGCUGUCUUUGAGGAUGAGGUCCAGAACGAUGCGAAGCUGGGUCGCAUGUACAACAUGGUGCAACAUCCGAGCAUUGCGCCUCCCUUCUUGACGCGAGAGACUCGGGUGGAUUGCAAUGGCCUCCGUGGCUUCACGCAGUGUGCACGCGAAGCGGUAUCAGCGCUGUCCUGGGCGACACCGAUGAAGUUUCCGGAAGCUCGGGCGAGCAGCACCAGAGAUGCCAGGCAGAUGACUGGGGGACCGGAUGACGUGUUCAGCUAUGAGGUGGAUCCUUCCUGCUCCCACGGCUGGGUCACCUCCUAUACGGCCGAACAAAAGCUUCUUCUGGGCUACGUCUGGCCACGAGCCCACUAUCCCUGGGUGUCCCUGUGGUGCAGUUCUGCCGGAGAGGCUCCGAAGGCUAGGGGCCUGGAGUUCGGGACGACGGGUCUCCACCAGCCCUUUCCGGUGUUGUCUCAGCAUCCUCGGGUUUUCGACCUUCCGACUUUCGAGUACCUGGAUGCUGGGGAGAGCCGACAGAGGUCUUUUGCCUGCUUCCUCCUCAGCAUUUCCGAGGACUUUGCCGGGGUGGAAUCCGUGGCCGUUGCAUCGGACACCCUCGUUCUCUGCGAGCGUGGUGGCAGGUGA